CCCGGGGUCUGGGUGCGCCCGCCCUGCCCGCAGUCGGCGAGGGACCCUGGGGGGUCUGCGGGGCGGGCCCAGGGGCAGCCGCGGUGACCUCGGGGCGCGUGCAGACCCCGCCCUCAGCGACCGGCCGCAGAUUCCAGCCCACCUUGGCGACCUGUGGAGCCAGGGGCGGAGAGAGGAGGCGCAGGAGGACCCGCGACACAGCUCGGGAUCCGCGCGCGCUGGGCCUCCGGCGCAGCUCGUGGGGUUCGGGAGGCCGGGACCCUGCCCGGGAGAUGUGGACGCCGGGCGGACCCUCGGGGCCCGCGAGCUGGGACCGCCGUAGGUUGGGCGCGAGGUUGCGCGCGGCGUUCGCGGGGCUGCAGGAGCUCCAGGGGCUGCGCGCCACGCAGCAGGAGCGGGUACGGGGCGCCCUGGCCCUGCAGCCCCCGCCCGCGCCCGCCGCGCCCUGCGGUCCCCACGGUCCCCACGGCCCCGAGCAGCAGCUGGAGGCGGCGCUGGCCGCGCUGCAGGAACAGCUGUCCCGGCUGAGACAGCAGGACAUCGGCCUGAAGACCCACCUGGACCAGCUGGACCUGCAGAUCAGCAAGCUGCAGCUGGAUGUGGGCACAGCCUCCGGGGAGGCCCUGGACAGCGACAGCAGGCCCAGCUCAGGCUUUUACGAGAUGAGCGACGGUGGAUCCUGCUCCCUGUCCACGUCCUGUGCGUCUGUCUGCAGUGACCACAUCUCUCCCUCGCUGGGCAGUUUGUUGCCUAUGGCCCAGGCCCCCAAGGCCAGGCCCAGCAUGGGGGACUGGAGGCCCCGGUCGGUUGAUGAGACUACUGUGCCAGCGUGGAGACCCCAGGCUACCGAGGAGGGCACCAGGCCCCGGGGCAGCAUGGAGAAUGCAGGCCAGCCGUGGGGCACAUUCUGGCCCAGGCCGGUGUCUACAGGUGAUCUUGACAGAGCCCUGCUGGCAGACACGGGGCCCCAGAAAGCCAGCGCCGAUGCUGAGCUCCUCGGGCUCCUCUGCCAGGGGGUGGACAUCCCGCUGCACAUGCCAGACCCCAAGUAUCGGCAAGACCUGGUGUCCCAGGGCGGCAGGGAGAUGUACCCGUACCCCAGCCCCCUGCACGCUGUGGCUCUGCAGAGCCCCCUGUUUGCCCUGGCUAAGGAAACCCCACAGAGCGGUGGUCCCUCGUUCCCCAGGGAGACCUCCCUAGGCCCCGCAGGUCUGAACACCAUCCAGACUGGGCCGGUCCUCGAGGCUGGUCCGGCCAGAGCCAGAGCCUAUAUCGACAGGCUGCUGCAUCUGUGGGGCCGGGAGACCCCAGCAAAGGGUAGCGGGGGAGAACAGGGACCUCUAAGGCAUGCAGUGUCCCCAUCCCCACAGAGGCAGGGUGCCUGGAGUACAGAUGGUGGAGGGCGACUACUGGUCUUCGCCCCAGGGAGGGAGGAUGAAGGAGGGCCAGCUCAGAGCAGAGGUGCCGGCAGGGGCCCCCAGCAGCAGGGAUCCAUGCCUCUUGAGGGUCCCCAGCACCCUGGCAACCUUCCAGAGGAGGGCUCCAAGCCCUCGAACAGCUGUGUCCUCAGGGAGAGCAUGGCGUGGCCCUCUCCCAGCUUGAAGGCCCAGCAGACACCCCCAGCUCAGGACUGUGGACGAGGCAACGUCAUAUCCCCAUCCAGGAUGCUGGACAACAGCCCCUCACCGGCCUCUGGGCACUUUGCCCACCCGUCCUUUGCUGCCAGUCUGAAAAUGGGUCCCCCCAAGAGCAAGGCCGAAAAAAUCAAGAGAAGGCCCACGGACAAGGUGCUGAGGUUUGCAAGGCAGCCGCCGCUUCUACUGGAGAGGCCUGAGGGAGCCCAUGCAGCCCCCCAGCCAUCCCUGGAGUGGGACCCGGCCCACUGGUCCCCAGGGAGGGGUGGGCUCCCACGGAGGCCGGCCCUGGCCUGGGAGGCACCCGGGCGCUCCUGUUCCGAGUCUACCCUCUACCCCAUGCCUGUCCUCGUCCCCGUGGCGGUGGCCCCGCAGGAGGGCCACCGGACCUCAGCCCAAGCCCUGUUCCCCUUUGAGGCAGCACUGCUCACCUCGGUGGCCAGGAGGAAGCAUCGCCGCUGGCAGUCCACCAUGGAGAUCUCAGCCCGGGCCCGCCUGGCCAGCUGUCCCGAGUCUAACCUGGGGCCCCCCAGGCCCGUGGCCAGAAGAGCAGGUGGCCCACAGGCCCGGGGCCGGCCCUUGCUGGUCCGCCAGGACGCCCAGACCAGGAGCAACUCAGAGCCCUCCAAGCACUCGGCCGAGUGUGACCCGAGGUUCCCCUCAGUCAUCCCGGAGACCAGCGAAGGGGAGUCCAGUGACCACACCACCAACCGAUUCGGAGAUCAUGAAUCCAGCAGCAGCGACGAGGAGGGCGGAGCCCAGAGCAGGGACUGUGACCUGGCACUGGGCUAUGUGGCGGCCGGGCACGCGGAGCUGACCUGGACCCAGGAGGUCCCGGUCAGCUCGGGGCCACUCCUGUCCCCCGUGCCCAAGCUGUGCCGUAUUAAGGCCUCCAAGGCCCUGAAGAAGAAGAUCCGUAGGUUCCAGCCGACGGCCCUGAAGGUCAUGACCAUGGUGUGAGGCGCAGUGACUGCAUCAGGAGAAGCCUGCUGCACACCGGAGCCCUUUUCCCGCAGCGUCCUGUGCAUGUCUGGGUUUCAGUGUCAUCUCGCCGAGCCGCUUUAUCUUCCGAGGCCACCAUUUAACAGGAGUCCCCUCCUGUUACAUGCUCUGCCCGUGGAGUACGCCGUGAGUCCCCGCCCCAGCAAAGACUUCCAUGCAGAGCUCUGGUUUCAGAUGCCAGCAGCCUCCCCGGCCGACCUUGCGUCUCUUUUCAACGUCUGCCCAGGAUACUGCUUCCCGGCAGGCAUCUUGUUUUCACCUUGUCAUCCUCCCAUGGCCUUCCCCUGCCCUCACUCCCCUCUGGCCUGGGACGCGUUUCCCAAUCCUUUGACCAUUCCUCCCCAAAGGCGUUUUAAAGAGGCGGUUGCAGGACUCCGUGCUGGAAAUUGAAUUGGAGUUUAAACUCCACGUUACGCUGUCAGCGUACACGGACACCCAAAUUAUGCCAUGAUCUCAAAUAAAAGGAACUUUUUUUUCCCUCUUAA